CUUCCAGAACAGCAACUGCAGCAGCGAUGGCCCUGCCCUGGGUGCGCGCCAUGGCCUUCACGCUGGCGCCCAGCCUGGGGGGCUUCCUGAGCUCCCGCUCUGCCCUGGGAGAGGGCCUCCGCUGGUAUGCCGGCCUGCAGAAGCCCUGGUGGCACCCGCCCCACUGGACGCUGGGCCCCAUCUGGGGCACGCUCUACUCGGCCAUGGGGUAUGGCUCCUACAUGGUCUGGAAGGAGCUGGGGGGCUUCUCGGAGGAGGCCGUGGUUCCCCUGGGCCUCUACGCUGGGCAGCUGGCCCUGAACUGGGCAUGGCCGCACAUCUUCUUUGGCGCCCGACAAAUGGGUUGGGCCCUGGUGGACCUCCUGCUGACAGGUGGGAUGGCGGCAGCCACGGCCAUGGCCUGGCAGCAGGUGAGCCUGCCGGCCGCCCGCCUGCUGUACCCGUACCUGGUCUGGCUGGCCUUCGCAGCUGUGCUCAACUACCGCGUAUGGCGGGACAACCAGGGCCCGCGCAGUGGCCGACGGCUCGCAGAGUGAGGGUGUCCACCCUCCGAGGCCUGCGGCCACUGCCAGUCAGGCAUUGUUGGCGGUGGUGGCCCUCAUGCUUUCACGACCACCAGGCCUGCUGCUCUGUCGGGUCUCAGCCCAAGGGGCCACCAGGGGCUUCAGAGGGGGUCCGGGCUGAGCCCAACCAGGAACAGUGUCCUGUGCUUUCUGUACUGCUCCGAGCGCGCUCUCCGAAUGUGUGAUUUUUAUAAGCAAAAUAAAGUUUCUAACCU